UACUUUUUCUGCCCUCAGGUACGUGGUACUGACCACAAAGCAUCAUGAAGGCUUCACCAACUGGGGGUCGCCCGUGUCCUGGAACUGGAACUCUUUGGACACGGGGCCCCACCGAGAUCUUGUAGGAGAGCUGGGAGAAGCCCUCAGGGAGAGCAACAUACGCUAUGGACUGUACCACUCCCUGCUAGAGUGGUUUAAUCCACUCUACCUUGCUGACAAAGAAAGUGGCUUCAAGACCCAGAACUUCGUUUUAAAGAAGACGAUGCCAGAACUUUAUGAUCUUGUCUUAAAAUAUAAACCAGAUUUGAUUUGGUCGGAUGGAGACUGGGAAGCUCCGGAGUCGUACUGGAAUUCUACCUCUUUCCUUGCCUGGCUUUAUAACGAUAGUCCCGUCAAGGACACCGUUGUUGUUAAUGAUCGUUGGUGUAAUAACUGCUCUUGCCAUCAUGGAGGCUACUACAAUUGUGCUGACAAAUACAAGCCAGGGACCCUGCCAGCUCACAAGUGGGAGAUGUGCUCUUCCGUUGACAAGCUGUCCUGGGGCUAUCGAAGCAACAUGGACAUUACUGAGUUAAUGGACGAAGCGAGUAUCAUUGAGGAACUCGUGCAGACUGUGAGUUUUGGAGGCAACUACCUUCUCAAUGUGGGACCUACAAAAGAAGGGGUGAUUGUUCCCAUCUUCCAAGAAAGACUUCUGGCCCUUGGGAGGUGGCUGGACACUAACGGGGAGGCAAUUUAUGACUCGAAGCCGUGGAGAGUACAGAUGGAGAACAGCACAAACACGGUCUGGUACACUUCUAAGGGACCAGUUGUCUAUGCCAUCUUUCUGAUCUGGCCUCGGGACAACGUUUUGGAACUGUCCUCACCCACUCCAUCCCCAGCCACAGAAGUGACGAUGUUGGGUUUUGCAGGGACUCUGAAGUGGCAGAAGUCCCCCGGUACAGGACUGCUUGUAACUUUGCCCUACAUGCUUCCAUCUCCUCUGCCUCCUCAGUCUGGCUGGACUGUUAAGCUGGAGGGUGUGGAGUGACGGCUGCGG